AUGGGCUGGAUUGGUAGUGCUAUCAUCGUCCUCGUAGGGAGCCUUCUCUAUCUGACACACCGUUUCCCUAAUCUACGCAUACCUCCUCUCCCCCAAAAAUGGGAUAGCAAAGAGCCAGCUACAACAAUAUCAAACCCAACCCCACCAACACGUCCAAUGCGAAUUAUCGUCGCAAUGACAGGAGCAACGGGGGCAGUCCUGGGAAUCCGCCUCCUAGAACGCCUCCAAGAAAUGAACGUCGAAACACAUCUAGUUAUCAGCCGCUGGGCGAUCGAAACAAUCAAAUACGAAACCAAGUACACAGCCAACGAUGUGCGUGCCCUCGCUACCCGGUCCUACGCUGUGAACGACGCAGCAGCGGCCAUAUCGAGCGGAUCGUUUCAGACAGACGGGAUGAUCAUCGUGCCGUGUAGUAUGAGGACGCUCAGCGCCGUGCGCACGGGAUUCGCCGACGACUUGAUCUGCAGAGUGUCCGAUGUAACGUUGAAGGAGAAGAGGAAACUUGUAUUGGUCGUGCGGGAGACGCCACUUAGUUGCAUUCAUCUGGAGAAUAUGUUAGGUCUAGCACGUAACGGGGCGGUCAUCUUUCCGCUCAUGCCGGCCUUUUAUACUAAGCCGAAGAGCGUGGAUGAUAUUGUUGCGCAGAGUGUGGGGAGGAUGUUGGAUAUGUUUGGGUUGGAUGCUGGGGAUUUUGAAAGGUGGGAGGGGGUGUGA